AUGGCUAAUGGCAGCGAGUCAGAGGAGCUGUCUGGCUCUCUAGCCCAGUCGACAGCUAUCUCUACUCACCUCAAGCUGGUACUACUGGGGUUUAUCAUUUGUGCCAGCUUAGCAGGCAACCUACUGGUUUCCCUGCUGGUGCUGAAAGACCGCUCCUUGCACAAGGCCCCAUACUACUUCUUGCUGGAUCUUUGCCUUGCUGAUGCCAUCCGAUCAUCGGCCUGCUUUCCAUUUGUCCUGCUUUCCAUCCGCAAUGGCUCAGCUUGGGCUUACAGUCUGCUGAGUUGUAAAGUAGUAGCAUUUAUGGCAGUUCUCUUCUGCUUCCAUGCCUCAUUCAUGCUCUUCUGCAUUAGUGUCACCCGCUACAUGGCCAUCGCCCACCAUCGAUUCUAUUCCAAGAGGAUGACUCUCUGGACGUGCAUUGCAGUUAUCUGCAUGGUAUGGACUCUUUCAGUUGCCAUGGCCUUUCCACCAGUCUUUGAUGUGGGCACUUACAAGUUUAUCCGUGAAGAGGACCAGUGCAUUUUUGAGCAUCGUUACUUCAAGGCCAAUGAUACACUAGGAUUUAUGCUCAUGUUGGCGGUGCUCAUUGUUGCUACACAUAUUGUUUAUGCCAAACUACUCCUCUUUGAGUACCGCCAUCGCAAAAUGAAGCCAGUGCAGAUGGUGCCGGCCAUCAGUCAAAACUGGACAUUCCAUGGCCCAGGGGCUACAGGUCAAGCAGCGGCCAACUGGAUUGCUGGAUUUGGUAGGGGACCAAUGCCACCCACUUUGCUGGGAAUUCGUCAGAACACCCAUACAGCCAACAGGCGCCUUUUGGGUAUGGAUGAGUUUAAAAGUGAGAAGAGGUUGGGGCGGAUGUUUUAUGGAAUCACCCUCAGUUUUUUGGUGCUUUGGUCACCGUACAUUGUGGCCUGCUACUGGAGGGUAUUUGUCAAAACCUGCAGCAUUCCCCAUCGCUACUUGUCCACUGCAGUGUGGAUGACAUUCACUCAGGCCGGGGUUAACCCUAUCAUGUGUUUCCUUCUCAAUAAAGAUCUGAAGAGCUGCCUACAGCUCCACAUCCCGUGUUGGAGGACGAAAGCCUUGCUACCGAGAGAGCCUUACUGCGUGAUGUAA